AUGUGUAAUUUUAAUCAAUCAAUCUUGGUUCUAUGUCUACUCGUGUCGGUGAUUUUAUCCGAAGCCAGACAACAUGUUCAUAUCAGAAACGACAUCGGUGCAAAUAUAGACCUAACAGUGCAUUGCAAGUCCAAAAACGACGACCUAGGCGACCACUUACUUCAUCCUCAAGGCACUUAUGAAUUUUCAUUUAAACCUAAUAUAUGGGGAACCACCUUGUUUUUUUGUAGUUUUUCAUGGGCAGGACAGUUCAAAUAUUUCACAAUUUAUGAAGCGGGCAUGUAUAGUAGUUUAUGCGGAGAUUGCUUCUGGGUAGUACAUUUCGACGGACCGUGCUUGCUCAAGAAUGAUUACGGUGAGAUCGAUACGUGUUAUAAGUGGGACGGUGAAUAA